AUGUUAAAAUACGGAGGUGUAGAGGUUAGGGUGUGGAGUGCCAGUGGAGACAAUGUCGAUAGUGCCAGUGGAGACAAUGUCGAUAGUGCCAGUGGAGACAAUGUCGAUAGUGCCAGUGGAGACAAUGUCGAUAGUGCAGGUGGAGACAAUGUCGAUAGUGUUGAUAGUGCAGGUGGAGACACUAUCUCGCUUCGCUCGAUAGUGUCGAUAGUGUCAAUAGUGUCGUCGCGGAAGUCUAUAUAUGAUAUGAGAUUUUGA